ACCACCACCGGCUUGGCCGAUUUUUCAAUGCAAUUUUUCGUGCCCGAGGGAAAACUAAAAUUGAGAAAAAUGCGUCUAAAAACAAUGAGAGCAGCGUGAGGUUGAAAAACUACAGGUGGGGAUUGUUCUUCGGUGAUUGAGUACAGGUAGCCUUUAAGUCAUAUAAAUACCAACAAUCCAAAUACAGUCAUAGUUUGCGAUCGACAAACCCUUGAAACGGCUAAUCGAUCGUGAUCUGUCAACGAGUGGAUGCAGCAAGGAGGAGAGAACGAUAUGGAUUGCUGUGUGGCUCGGUGCACAUGUAUCCUUGGAGAGAGCAAGGGCCAUGAGAAGUGUACGUUUCAUCAUGACUUGGAGUUGGAUCAUCGACCGCCAACGCGCGAGGCCCUUCUACCAGAGAUGUCGAGGAGUUACAGGCUGUUACUGGGGUCGCUCGGCGAAGAUCCUGAUCGAGAGGGACUCUUGAAAACACCUGAACGCGCUGCCAAGGCCAUGCUGUUCUUCACGAAGGGAUAUGAUCAGAAUAUCGAUGACGUGAUAAACGACGCUGUCUUCGACGAGGAUCAUGACGAGAUGGUGGUGGUGAAGGACAUCGAGAUGUUCUCAAUGUGUGAACAUCAUCUAGUUCCAUUUUAUGGAAAAGUAUCAAUCGGCUAUCUCCCCUGCAAGAAAAUCCUCGGACUCAGUAAACUCGCAAGAAUCGUAGAAAUCUUCAGCAGACGUCUUCAAGUCCAAGAGCGUUUAACGAAGCAAAUAGCAAUAGCGGUGACAAAAGCGGUUCAACCAGCUGGAGUUGCUGUUGUCGUCGAAGGAGUUCACAUGUGCAUGGUAAUGCGUGGAGUGCAGAAAAUCAACAGCAAGACCGUGACCUCCACGAUGCUGGGAGUUUUUCGAGAUGAUCCCAAAACUCGAGAGGAAUUUCUCAAUCUCGUUCAUACCAAAUAGAAUCAGAAUAAAUUCCUAUUUUCAUCGUCGAGCGAGGGACGAGCGAGUGUUGAGAAUGGCAUGGGAAUCCUCUUCUUAAAGAAAUUUUAAAUAAUCAGUGGAGCCUAUGACAUCUUCAAUAAUUUCCAAAUCAAGUACGCAAGAGCUACGAAAUAUAAAUCCAAUGACAACGAAAACGAGAGAAACUUGAAGAGAAGAUUGAAACUGCGAAUGUUGUGAUAAGAGACAAUAAUCUAGUUAUUUGAGGCUUAAAUGAUCUUCAAAUGAUAAUUACGCAAGUUUCUCUUGUUGAUAGAGGUGCAGGCGAAAGGAUUCAUGUCUUUCUCGGCUGAAUUAAAACUAACGUUUCACUCUUGCUAUGAAAUUUGACAAUAACGGAAGUGAAACGUCUGGAGCGUAGCUAAUGGUCGUAAGAUUCAACAGCCAUGGAUCUCACGACAAGUGAUAAAAUUAAAUUUCACAGGGAUGAAAAACUUUAACGAAAGUAUACUGCAGUUGAAAGUGAUUUUUUAAUUAUUUUUUAGACCUGUUGAAACUGCCCGAUUGUCUAACUUAUGAAUUAUUUAAGAUUAGUAGGAGGAAUCAACUGAGAGAUAAAUUAAUUUAUUCACACAAGUCUUUCUUCGACCCACAAAAUGGAAAAAGUUCGAGAAGCUUAUGCUAUAUGUAUGAAAAAAUUAGUAUAACGAAUUCUAUUGGCUAUUUCGUUAGACAAUUCUAUUGAUUUUUUCCCACGUGUAGAAAUGACAUUUCUCGCUUGUAGGGGAAAUAAUUUAUUUACAACAACUAAAUCUAUUUUUAUUAGAAAAAUUUUCAUCUCAGGACAAUUUUGAAAUCAUCCACGUUGAAUUUUCGUUUUUUGCGGCUUGUUUUUUGAAAAGGUUUUCUCUCAGUAUGGGAUAGAGGGCAAUAAUCUCCGGAAUACAGUGCGAUACAGCCAGUCGCGUGUAGUCUGAUCGUGCCUUUCGUCACAAAUCACUAGUUUAUUUAAUAGGUAAUGAUAUUUGGAAUUGUGGAGUGGUAGAACAUUCUGUUGAAAAAUCUAUCAAAAUCGUCAAACAAUCCCAUUAAAUUUCUACGAUAAAUAAUAUUGACAACAUCAAAAUAAAAUUAGAGAAACCCAGCUACGAAAAAUGUUUUACAUUUUGACGAAAAAUUUUGUUGUUCUAUCACUUCACAGAUAAUUUAUUCAAUCAAAUGUCCCCAAUAGUAUGAAUUAACGAUAAAAAAUACUUCAAUCAUCAUGAAAUCAUAUCAAAUCAUCCAGCAUUAAAUGUCAAGUAUUUUAUUGAUCCAAUGAAUUUAUUAUUAGACAGUUCAGUUCGGUAAUGGUGACAAUGGAAAUAGCCAAUGCUAGAGAUUCACUAUUAUUUUUACCGUAUUUAUUAAUUGCACAGGCUUUUAAUUAUUCUUAAUACGCGGGCUCUGCGGAGCUCCGAUCGACAAGAUAACGAUGGGAACAAGUGUCGUGAAUUAUUUACGAGUAUUCGGACAUUAUUUUUUUGUAUGAAGAUCGCGGAAAAUUUUAAUCAUAAUUGUUGAACUAUUUACUUGGUGACGACAAUUGUUGAUGGAAGAGUGACAAAUACUUUUUGAAUGUUUAAUUGUUUGAAUUUACGAUGUUCUUCUGAUAUUAUAUGAGAUUAUAAUUAUAU